CUGCACCUACCACCGUUCCUUUCGCGCAAAGUUCUGAACCUACCACCGUUCUUGCUGCACCGACAGCAAGUUCCGCACGACCACCCACAGUAGUUGCUGAAACAGGUGCGAUAGUUCAUGUAGGAAAGGCAGACGUGACUCUUCCUUCACCUAUAAUCUCGCAUUCUCGUGGUCGGAGGCGACGUGUGUUGAGAACCGACGUCGUCGUUAGACGGUCCUCCUCAACAAGUAGUGGUGGUCAAAAACAAAAGCGAUCGCCAUCGCGUUCCAAACUGAGUCACCAACCAGAGAGAAGUCGCAUCAAAGAAGACGUUGCGAUUCAUGGUGAAGUCUUCGACUCUCUUGAUGUUAAGCAGGGUCGUUUCGACAUUUUUGUUUUUUUCGAGUAGUUCACUACGUAAGUAGAAGUACUCGUACCAUCCUUCACAACUCGUUUUCCAUUAGGAAAAGGGUCAAGGAUCAUGCCCUGAAGAUAGAAUGUAAUUUUUCCGUAAAAACCUGCUCUAACGAGGGCACGGUCACGGUAGUGGACUACGACACUGGCGACGUGGUCUGGAACUCGGUAGAAGUUUUCACAAAAGCAAGGGAGUACGCAGUUGAGAAAGUCGAGACGCUUGUUGUGCGGAAAGACAGGUCGUUGGUUCUACUCCUGUUGAAAGUGCACAAGGAUGAUUCGCUCAUUGACGCGCUGCCCAAUGGAGGUGGGACGAUAAAAGGCCUUGUUGAUGAUAUGACUAAGAAAAGCAGCCUUCGAGCUUCUGCAGCAUCUAUGGGUACAAGAUCAACUUCAACAAGUAGAAGUACUUCCCUCGUCCUCAACAAAGCAGUCUCAUUCAAGGUAGCUACUGCAUCUGCACGAGCAAGUAGAAAGAAUGUCCUGCCUGCUAUUUUUGCAGCGAGUAGAGCCACAAUCGUCCCCUCCCGAGAACGAAGCAUUGGAUACUCAGUCGAGAAGCAGGAAAUCUCUGAAGAAGGAGUGCGAAAGUACUUCACCAAAGACGUCGAAAGUGACGUUUUUUCUUUCACCUCGGUUUGUUACGAUCGGAGAACGAAUGACGUAACACAGGAAAUCCCGGUAGUGCAAGCAAUCAUCCACGACGACGAACUUUUUGAGGAGGAGUCAUCUGAGGACGAUGAGAAAGAGCAGAAUGCUAUUGCUGAUAUCGUUAUCGAUGAGGUGGAUAAGGGUCCUAUUGCUGAGUUGAUUGGCGGAAACCACGAGGAGAACAAUCCGCCGGUUGACAAUGUCAACUACAUUGUCGAUGACGAUUUCGAAUUUGAUCCACGGAAGCCUAUUGUCUUGAACAGGAGAGGCACGAUUGCACCAGACGGGAGACAACUACAAGUGCUUGUGCAGCCACGUCUAGCUACGGCUUCUGCUGGUCCUGGCGAAAAAGUCGAUACUUUGGUUAGGAGGGGUACCGGAGCAACGGAUGGGCCAGCAUUGGUCCAACCAACGAAAAUCAAGAAAACACUCAACAUGAACAAGACACACCGCGGGGGCCUGUCGCACCAUUCGGCUAUAAACAAAAGUGGCGCCAACAUAUCAUCCGAUGCAACACCGGCUCUAGUACAACCGAGUGACUUCAUGAAGCAGGUCAAGAAGUCAAUCAACUCUAUUAACUUUGACAUUGAAAACAAGAUGAGUAGUGCUGCUUCGUCUCCUACUGCUUCUCCUCGGACUCUCUCUCAAGCGAAGAAGUCUCCCACUGCUUCUCUUGCUAAGGCGCAGCCGAAGAAGAAACUACUGGCUACCAACGAAACACGCGGUGUGCCUCCGUCGCCUUCCAACAAGGUGCCGCGCAUAUUUUAUCCUCCGACAAAAUCAUCAAAGAGCUCCUCCGACUCGGAAUCUAGCUUUUCGUCAUCUAGAAUGCUGUUCUAUAGUACCACUCCCACAUCUGCGUCUGCAUCUACUGCAAACAAGAACAACAAACAAAUAGUCUCACCGUCUUCGAAGAGCAAAAACAAAUCGAACGCUACUAGUUCUAGCAGGGGAUCAGGAGUCCACAUCAUGAGUACUCGAGGUGUCCUUUCAGCUGUACGAAGGAGUAUGCUGGUACAGUUGGACGACAAAGUGGUACUAGUCGGUCCAGACGGUGCGACAGUAGAAGUCCAAAAUGGCGAUAGCGUUUUCCGAAGAAAAUCAGACCUGGGUCUUCUGAAUCGAGCUGCCAGACACUUUGCAUUGUCGAUAGAAAAAGAUGAAGAAGAGAGAGACACAAUGCGAACUCAGGCUCAAGAACGUCAACCUCACCAGCCUCAAGAUCUAGGCGAAAAAGUUGCUCCCGCCGCUGAGGAUUCCCCCGUUAGGGACCGCACUCACAUGACUGAGCAAGGAGGUCCUGAAGAAGACGAAGUUUCCGACCCCUGGAGGAGGACUGCAGCGUCAGCUUCUUCAGGAGCCUUCGAGUCAGCAG